UUCGGGGCUGAUCGAGUCGACAUUCAGAAGACGUCCACUCACUUGAACACAUACUGGACACACAGGCCUGAUCUACCUGCCUUCAGUAUGGACCUGAGACUCCUGUUUAUAUCUUCAGCUCUCAUCCUGGGGGCCACGCUCACCAUCUCACUGGCAGACCGCACCUCUCAGUGCAAAAUCAAAUGGUUGUUUGGCAUCUCGUGCAGUGAUGUUUAUGACAAGCUGGUGAACCAAAUCAAGGCUUGGGAGAUCGGGCAAAGCUGUCAGUACACAGGGGAAAAGUGCUCGUAUGAGCUUGUGUCGACAGCUCCCUACCUGAUCAAAGCCACGCACACGUCUCCCACUACAAAGAAAGUGAACGACCUUCAGUUUCUUCUGGAGCAGUCCACCAUCUGCAAAAUGACUGGUGACGCAGUGUCUGAGUUUUCCAAAGAUCCGGCUGACAACAGCACAAACUACUGCAGCCUCCAGAACCUGAUGGACGGAAGUGACCUGAUUAAUGCUGAGGGAUACAAACAGUUCAGCAAUAAGUGGAUCUGUCCUGGUUUUGAUGCUGCAAACUGCACCUUAUCUUAGGAGGAGAGUAGAUCCUCGGGGCACCAGAUGUCACUUCAUAUGUGGAAUAAUUAGACUUAUAAGAAUAAUAAAACAUCUCUGUAGUUUCCCAUGUGCAUAAUCAAGGUUUUUGUGACUAAUUAAAAUGAUUUUUAUGAGAUGACCAGUUGCAAACAAGGUUUGUUUUGGAUAAAUUCAAUGAAAAAAGUGUGUGUGUGGCUCAUGUGUUUUUACAAUAAAUGAAUUAAUUAAAAACAAAA